UCCUAGUGUAGGUGUUCAUGUACAAUUUCGAGGAUUUCGAGGGAAUCGAGAAAAGGUCGAGUGUGUGCCGCCGCUCUCAAGUAGUGCGAAACAACAACAGAGAAAAAUAAGUAGGCAUAACUCCGGGAAGCCGAGAAUUCCUCGCUGCACUGUGACGCGUGCAGCCAGCAGCAACGCCAAGGAGAGACACGAUGCCCUCCAGCAACCCCCUGCCACCCAAGGAGCAUGCCCUGUUCAAGAGGAUCCUGAAAUGUUACGAGCACAAACAAUACAAAACUGGGCUCAAGUUUGCCAAACAAAUCCUGUCGAAUCCCAAGUUCAGCGAGCAUGGGGAGACCUUGGCGAUGAAAGGUCUCACGCUGAAUUGCUUGGGACGCAAAGAGGAAGCCUACGACCAUGUGCGCCGGGGCCUUAGAAACGACCUGCAGUCGUCGGUCUGCUGGCACGUCUAUGGCUUGCUUCAGAGGUCUGACAAAAUGUAUGACGAGGCCAUCAAGUGCUACCGCAAUGCUCUCAAGUGGGACAAGGAUAAUGUUCAGAUCCUCAGGGAUCUUUCUCUGUUGCAAAUACAAAUGCGCGACCUGGAAGGUUACAAGGACACUCGGUAUCACUUGUUUAUGUUGAGACCAACGCACAAAGCUUCGUGGAUCGGGUUUGCCAUAUCGUAUCAUCUAUUAAAGGAUUACGAGAUGGCUUUGAAAAUUUUAGAUACAUUUAGAAAUUCUCCAAUGAUGUGCUACGACUAUGAACACAGCGAGUUGCUUCUUUAUCAAAACUUGGUAAUUCAGGAAUCAGGCAACAGUGAAGAAGCGUUGAAACACCUUGACAAGCAUUGUGAACAAAUAUGUGACAAAAUUACCGUAAAAGAAACGUAUGGUAAACUAAGACUUGCAUUAGGACAAUACACUGAAGCAAUUAAAGUGUAUAAUGAACUUUUAGACAUAAAUCCUGAAAACAAAACAUAUUACAUGAAAUUAAUAGAGGCUCAAAGACAUGAAACAGCCGAGGUAACGUUGAAAAUGUUGGAACAUUAUGAGUCUACGUUUCCACGUGCACUAGCCCCCCGAAGAUUACAACUUAAUUAUGCUUCUGGAGAAAAGUUUAAAGAACUAGUGGAUCAUUACCUAAGAAGAGGACUUCACAAAGGUGUCCCACCUCUAUUCGUGGACCUACGGUCCCUGUACACGGACCAAAGUAAGGCUGACACCAUACAAUCAUUAGUCCUACAAUACAAAGAAGCCCUGAAAGCACAUGGUCACUUUAGCGACGAAGACAAAGAUAAGCCACGGGAGCCAGCGUCAGCUUUGCUGUGGACUUAUUACUAUCUUGCUCAGCAUUAUGAUUUCCUGGGUGAUACCAAAAAAGCAUUAGAUGAAAUCGAUGUUGCCAUAUGCCACACGCCUACGCUCAUUGAACUUUUCGUUACCAAAGGACGAAUUUAUAAGCAUGCUGGUGAUGCUCAAGAAGCAUAUAAACGGCUAGAUGAAGCACAAGGUCUAGACACCGCGGAUCGUUAUAUAAAUUCAAAAUGUGCCAAGUACAUGCUUCGUGCAAAUCUCGUGAAAGAAGCAGAAGAAACUUGCGGGAAGUUCACGAGAGAAGGAGUCUUGGCAAUGGAAAAUCUGAAUGAAAUGCAGUGCAUGUGGAUUCAGACAGAGGCAGCUAAUGCCUACAAGCGUCUAGGAAAGUAUGGCGAUGCAUUGAAGAAAUGUCAUGAAGUUGAAAGGCACUUUUCUGAAAUAAUCGAGGACCAAUUUGAUUUUCAUUCUUACUGUAUGCGCAAAAUGACACUACGUUCCUACGUCGGUCUCCUGAGGUUAGAAGACGUGCUGCGAUCGCAUCCGUUUUACUUCAAGGCAGCAAAGUGUGCGAUAGAGGUUUAUCUCCGAUUACACGAUUACCCGUUACCAGAUCCCACGCAAACGCAAGAAAUCGACACUGAAAAUUUGGCGCCAUCUGAGUUGAAAAAGCUGAGAAAUAAGCAAAGGAAACAGCGGAGGAAGGCGGAGCUCGAGAGACAACAGGCGGCCCAGGCUCAGGAGAAAAGGGAACAGCACAACAAGUCGCGGCAGCAAGCCGAUCCCGAUCUGGAACAGCCAACGCUGGACGAGCUUAUUCCAGAAAAGUUGGAAAGGGUUGAAGAUCCAUUGGAGCAAGCGAUAAAAUUCCUUCUUCCCUUGCAAGAAUUGGCUGCAAAGAAAAUUGAAACUCAUUUAAUGGCAUUCGAAAUAUACAUUCGCAAAGGCCGAACCCUGCUGAUGCUGCGGUCGAUAAACCGGGCGUACCGGCUGGACCCGAGCAACCCGGAGCUCCACUGCUGCCUGGUGCGCUUCCUGCGCCACACCGCGAGCUCAAACCUCGACAGCGUCGUCAGCGAGGUCGUGAAGCGCCAGUCGUCCAGUAUCUUCGAGGGCAGGAGCGCCGGCCAGCUGAACGCCGACUACCUCGAGCAAAACUCCGGCUCCCUGGCCCACUCGCUCCAAGCGGCGCGCAUGAUGUACCUCCUCGAGCCAAGCGCCCAGCAGCGGGCCCUCGGCCUCGCCACGAACCUCCAGCUCCCCACGGGCGUCAACCUCGAGAACUGCACGCGCGUCCUCGAGGCCCUGCGCAACGGCGACUUUGGGCCCUGCGACCAAGCCAUCGCCGACUACUCGGCCGAGUGCCACAAGCGCUUCCCCUACUCCACGGCCUUCCGGCCCCCGGGUGGUCCCACCAACCCCGGCAGCAGCGGCUGUGCCGGUGUCGACGCCACCAAGCAGCAGCACCAACCACAGUCGGGAUUGCCGAACCACCAGGACGCCUCGAAGGAGCUGCAGCCGAUGACCGCGAACUCGAACAACACCAACAAUUGAUCCUUACGCGCGACCCUCGGCCGAACCGAGUUCCGCUCGAGCGCCCGAUAGUCGAACGACCGAUCGGCUGUCGUUGCUCAUGUCAGUCGUGUACACGAGCUCCUCGUCUGUCGCGAGAACUCCACACGCAUCUCUCUAUCCAUCUCUCCCUCUCUCACAAUCCAUCCUAUACAUUUUGUCUCUGCUCCGAGCGAUUUUUUCGGAAACAACGCGUGUCUUUUUAUAGAUAUAUACAUACAUCCAUCCACAAGUAUAUACAUAUUAUCAUGUGCUGAAUUGAACUCGCUCUCUGACUUUGUUUGCCGAGGCUCACUUUGUACGUGUACCUUUACCUUGUAACGCGAAUGUCUCUCGAGCCAAUAGAAAACAAGCUCACACGUUCAUUUUUCUUCCUCCUCUUUCUUCGUUUCAUUCGACUAAUCAUUAAUUGGUUUCAUAGAGAUGAGAUUGAGAAUACCGAUCGUCGGACGCGCGCGCGCAUUAUAUCAUUAUUAAAGGUGAAGAAAAACAAAUUAUAUAUAUGUAGAUCAAACUCGAAUUGUUGAAUGAGUAAAUUUAUAAAUUUGAACGAUACUUUUUCAUGUUUUUCAUUUCAAUUGUACGUUCAUUUAUUGUUUUCGCACAUAUAAGCGAAAAAUCAACGAUACCUUUUUUUUUCUCAUCGUUACUUGAACAAAUUGUACCAUCGCUAUUAUACUGUGACAACGUUCCCUGUCGUAAAAUAUCCCUUGUGUCAAAUGCGUUUUAACGAUUUUCCGAAGGGCGAGAACAGCAAUUUUUCAACAGUGUUGCGUUAAUUGUAUAAACUUGAAUGAUCAACCAUCUCUUUUUAAUAAAUGUUAUUUCAUUGCAAAUUUUUUUUUUUAUUUCAUUCUUUGCACACAACGUAUUUUCACUCUUUAUCCUUGAAUUUUGUGUUAGGCCUACGCGCGAAAAAUCAAUUUUGGGUUAGACUUGACAAUGUUUUUAAAUUUUUAUAAAGUAUUGAUGGGUUUUGUACGUUUAACAGUGAAUUGUUUAUUGAAAAUGAAAAUAAGCUUGCUUUCUUCAAGUAUAAAAUCGUAACAGUAGAUAGCGGAAUUUUAAACUGCAUAAAAAUGAAUUAAACAAUUGAUGAUCAUAACGUAGUAUAAUAUAAAUAGUUGAAUAAAAUGAUGAAACUUGAGUUGAAAAUUGAUAGGUGUAUCAUAUUUCGUCAGUAUAGCGUCAUCCAAAGGAGGGAAAUAAGUUAAAAGAAAAUAGAUGCUGGAGAGAAAAUAAGAAACGCGCUAUCAUUAGUCUUUAAAAGUGUACUGCUGACAUAUAUUUAAUGACGUAUGAGCAACGAAGGGAUUGAUUGCAUGAUUUAAGUGAAACGUUGUUAAUGCGACGAGCUCAGCUACUAAAAGGAAAGUUUACUUGUUUACGUAGUACAUAAGUAAUAUAUUAUAUAAAUAUAAAUGUGUCUAGGGAAAAAAAAGAAAAAAAUUCAAAGGUCACAAACACGCAUGCAUAACAGGCCAAGUAAAAAGCUUCUCUUCCAUGAAAAGAAUUGUUUAACGAGGGGUCAAGACUUUUAACGAACCGUUUGGUAUCAUGGAAGGGAGACUCCAUAGGCUGAAGAAGAAGACGAUUAGGGCUUCGAGUGUACAGAGUGUGCUGUGUAUACAAAAAAAAAAAAAGUUUUAUGCUGCAUUAUAAAAAGAGGAGAAAAAAUUAGUGUUAUUGACGUUAAGAAGUUAUUAAUGUCCGUACAAAACAAAAUACAAGACUUGUAUACAAUUCGCGUCUAUGCGCUCUGCGGUGAAUAGAAAAGAAAGCAAAUACGUUUUUAUUCCUUGCUCGAGUUUUGAGGGGAAAAAAAAUCACAAACUGUCGUCUGAGGGGGACCGUUGUUCUCUUAGCUAAACUCAUCGCCAAUAUCGAAAUUCUGCUUACUUCACGGUUAGCAGAAGUCUUAAACUUCUAUAACGAUUUUGUUGCUUUUCCGUAAGCAACAUUGCGUCAAUACGUCUCUGAGUCGCGCGUAAAACCCAUAAGAAAUUAUAAGAGCGAAGGAGAGGUGUUCUGUGCAUUGAGACAGGGCUUUACGCUAAACGACGCAUUGGUGGCGCAUUGACGCAGCGCUAUUGUUUUCUGUUCGAUCGCCCUUACGUGGUUUUGGUAUUGUAAAAAAUUUAUUUUUCAUGUAAACAAAGUGUUACUGCAUCUGAUUAACAAAAAUACUUUCUUCAACUAUUGUCUAGCGUUGUUAUUUUAUAAGCACUUGAAUAUGCAACCACUUCGUUGGAAAUGACGAUUGUUCAUUUAGCAAUAGAACCAAAUCUUUGUUUUUAAAAUUAUAAGAAUCAUUGUUUUAUCGUCGUUGUAAAAUGAAAGUUCAUUCAAACUUUGAAAUAAUCAACAGUUUCCAUCUCAUUGUUCAACUUGAUGUGAAUAUUUUCUGUGAAAUAUAUGAAUUUAAAUACAUUACGAAGAAAGUCUGGUAUUAGAUAGAAUAAGGAAAAAUAAAUCUUCUGUCUUUAUCAUAAUCAUAUAAUACAGAGCUCUAAUGAAAACAUUUUUUCUGUUUGUCGUGUAUUGCAUUCAGUGUGUAUGCGUACAAUCAAAUAUCGUUCUCGUGGAAUUGAAGGGCCAAAAAUAUACAACAAACUGACUGUAAAACCAAAUGAUAACGAAAAUUUUAAUAAAAACGCAAGUCUGGUGACCUGCUUGUUGGACUUUAAUAAUCCUAUUACACCUUAUAUACAUGAUCGCGAUUGUUAUUUGGAUCAAUUGUAAAUUUAUCAAAACUGUAACUAUCUAUACAUACAUCAAAGGAUAUAAGUGUGUGUUGAUGAUGAUAAUUGUCAUUCAAUGCUAAAUAUUACAUGUAAAUUUGGUUCAGAAAGUUAAUUGGUGUACGUCUUUUAUAUAUAAACUCCAGAUUCGCUAGUGUCACCUUAAGAAUUUUUUGUACAG